GUUUAAGUCAUCCUCAUGCUGUAAACCUGUAAACAAAAAACUUUUUACAUCUGAGUUCUGAUGUUCUUAAGUUGUUACUAAGCUUCAGAAAUUUUCUCGAGUUUCCUCUUAUGUCCAUUCGUUUUAUUCGCUAAAAUGUUACCUCAAAUGAUGGAUUUAUCAUCAAAUGAUAAUUUUACUCCAAGAGAUUUUGAGGUUGAACUUUUUGAAUCUGCAAAAGUUAAAAAUACUAUUGCAUGUUUAAAAGCUGACUUGGGUAAGAUGUUCAUUGCUGUAAUGUUAAUUCGAGAAAAAGCUUUUGAAGUGUGCAAUUCUCUGCUCUUACCCAAGGGAGGUUUUUGCUCAGUUUACCUUACCCCAACAAUCAAAUUGGCACUUCAGCGUUCAGCUUACUUGCGCCAUCACACUCCAUUGAAAGUAGGAAUUUUUCAUGAGAAAAAAGGUGUAUUGCAGUGGAGUUCUGAAAGAUGGACAGAGGAGUUGGGGAAAAGUCAGGUGCUUGUCAUGACAUAUUCCAUAUUUCUAGAAGUCAUCCACAAAAACUUUCUCAAAAUGAACAAGCUUAAUUUGUUGAUAUUGGAUGACUGCCAUAAUGUUAUGAACAAUGAAGCUUUAAAAGGAGUUUUAACUCUCUAUGAAAAUGCAGCAAGUAGUGUACAUCCAAGAAUCCUUGGAUUAACUGCAUCUAUUGUAAAUAACAUAUGCAAGCCGAUGGAACUGUCUCAGUUGAUAACUAUUCUGGAAACAAAAUUAAAAUCGGUUAUUUCGACUUCCAACAACGUUUUGUCAGCCUUGCAGCAUUCAACUCGACCCAAAGAAUUGAUAUGUGAAAUAUCGUCCAAGUAUGAAGCCACAGAGCUGCAGCAAGAAAUAAUGGGUCGUAUUCUUUUAUUGAAUGAUUAUCUGCGAGAUCAUCGAUAUGAUCCCGCUGAGUACUAUGGGGAACAAGAUUAUCUAAAAGAGAUUCCUAAUCCAUGUCAUGAACCUCUUGAUCUACUUGAAGAAUACAUCCAAAUCAUUCAAAAUUUUGGUCCUUGGGGAGCAGACCGUGCUGCUUUGGUAUACCUCAUUCAUUUAGAAAAAUUGAAAACGAAAGCAGUUUAUGAAAGACACUAUCUUCUAUUAUGCCUUGUCUUCACUGUUUUACUUGAAAUAAGAUCAUUGUGCGAAGAAGAGUUUCAGAAAUACUCUGAAUAUGAACGUAUCGUGAAGUUUAGCCAUCCCAAGGUUCUUCGCCUGUUGGACAUUCUUCGGAUCUACCGACCGCCGAUACCUUCCGUGCUGCCCACAAGUGCUGAAUUAGUAGAAGUAAGCGAUUCUUUAGUUUCGUCCGAAGGGCAAACUGUUCAGACCCCAAAGUUGGCAACCGAAACGUCGCAAACCGCAGAAUUAAUUGAAAACGGUCCAGCGAUUUUGCGUCAAUCGACAACUCAACCAGGACACACUAGUCGACGGCGGCGUCCUGAUUUCUCAAAUCGCCAUCACCGAAAUCGAGAAGAUGCUUACCAGCUCUGUGGGAUGAUUUUCACUGAAAGACGUACUACAGCAAAAUUACUCUACCAUCUUUUAAAGGAUGCAAGUCGUUGUGAUCCACAACUAGCUUAUCUAAGCCCGUUGUAUACGGUUGACCGAAUGGAAGGCGUGAGUGUCAAAGAAAUGGAGAAUGAAGAAAGAAAGCAAGAAGACGUCAUGAAACGAUUUCGUAGUCGUGAUUGUAACAUUCUUGUAGCCACUAGCGUAUUAGAGGAUGGAAUUGACGUUCCGGCAUGUCAUCUGGUUAUUCGUUACGAUUUACCACAAUCCUACCGGGCUUACGUUCACUCAAAAGCUCGAGCUCGCGCUAAAAAAGCACAUUACAUCCUCAUGGUCGAAAAUGAGCGCAUGGAUGAGUUUUUAGUGGAUUUAUCUCACUUUCAUGCAACAGAACAAAUUCUGUUAAGUAAAAGCGGGUAUCACAAUUCGGUUGCUGAGUUUUUCAACCACAACGAAGAUAUGCUUAAUUGCAUUCAGGCUCCCUACCCUUCUGAUGAAACUUCUAAUUCGUAUGCAUCUUUGCAAAACGCGAUUUCUAUAAUUAACAGAUAUUGCGCAAAGUUGCCUAGCGAUUGUUUCACACGCUUAACCCCUGUGUGGAGGAUACGUACCAUAAAACGAGAAUUAAUUGAACCAUCUGUUUUGGAUAAAUGGAUUGGACUAUUUAAAAAUAGUGGUGCAACAGAAAACGUUUUCUUGGACGUAGCAUACAUAUGCUCGUUGCAGUUACCAAUUAAUUCUCCUCUGCGAAAGACUGUAUUAAGUCAACCUAUGCCAUCAAAAGUAACGGCCAAACGAUCUGCGGCACUAGAAGCAUGUCGGUUAUUGCACCAAAAGAAAGAGUUGGACGAUCAUUUCUAUCCAACGGGGAAGGAAAACCUUCGGCUUGAAGAGGAAGAGGAUUACAAUGCCGAUUUGGAAGAAGAAAAUGUACCAGAAAACUUACCACGCCCAGGCACUACCAAGCGAAGACAGUACUAUUAUAAACAAGUAGCUGAUCCGUUUAUUAACGGUAUUCCACGUCCUGAUCAGCCUUGCUAUUUGUACGCGAUCACAAUGGUAUUGAGUGAGCCUAUACCUGAGGAGCAAAACACGCGUGGAAGAAAAAUUUACAAACCCGAGACUUCUAUUCAAAGUCUGGGAAUUUUAAACAGCAAACCUCUUUCUCAAAUCUGUCCGUUCCCUAUUUUCACUCGCUCAGGCGAGGUGGAAGUGGAAAUUGUAAAAAUUUCUGAUGCCAUCCGAGUGACCGAAGGGCAGUUGAAACAAAUUUCUGAUUUUCAACGCUACAUUUUUCGAAACGUACUUUCCUUGGAAAAGGAUCCUAUGUUGUUAGAUGUAUACAACGCCGACUGUUCUUAUCUAAUCGUUCCUUUAAGACGAAGUUCAUUCUCGGAACACUCUAAAUUAAGCUUGGAUUUUGUAUUCAUCGAUUUAAUUUCGUCCGUUCGAGAUUCGAAGCCCCAAUUGAUAGCCGAAGAAGUCAGAUCUGGAUAUGUCUUUGACCCUCGAUUGUUCUCUGAUGCUGUCGUAAUGAAAUGGUAUCGUGAUCAAGAACACCCACAAUGUUUCUAUGUGGCCGAGAUAUUCUACGAACUUAACCCUCAAUCUAAGUUCCCUGAUAACAACUAUCCAACAUUUGAAAAAUACUAUCGCCACAAGUAUGGAAUCCAAAUUCAGAAUCUGAAGCAGCCACUGUUAGACGUCGAUCAUACCUCAGCCAGACUCAAUUUUUUAACACCAAGGUACGUCAACCGCAAAGGAGUAAUGUUACCAACCAGUUCGGAACAUACAAAGAAAACACAGCGAGAAAGUCUGCAACAAAAACAAAUACUUGUUCCGGAAUUGUGUAGCAUUCAUCCUUUUUCGGCCUCACUAUGGAGACAAGCAGUGUGUCUUCCUUGCAUUCUUUACAGACUGAAUGGACUUCUUUUAGCAGAACAACUCCGUUGUAAAGUAGCAACCGAGAUUUCUUUGGGGAGGAGUCAGCUGGAACCUGGUUUUUGCUGGCCCGCUUUACGAUUUGAUUGGAAAUGCAAGUCUUCAGAUCCUGCGUUACCACCUUUACAGAGAGAAAGUAUUGCUAAAAAAGUGGAAGACACGAAACUGAAAGAUUGCCCUGAAGAAAACGAUGCGAGUAAAUCCUCCUCAAAAGUUCCCAAAAGGGAAAUCAAAGAAGGGAAAAAAAGUGCAGGAGCUUCUUUGUUGGAUAUAGGCGUGUGGAACCCAGAUGCAAUCAACGGCAGUAAUAAUCAGAGCGAUAACAGAAACACAGAAACAGCUGAUGAAGACUACGACUACAACGAUCUACAAGCGGUAGCCCUGCUUACCAAUGAUAGCGGACUGGAUUUUGAUUGGUCCAAACCAGUGGUGGAUAUUACUGGGCAUGAUGGAUCUCUCCCUGCAUUUGGUGUCCCCACACCGCAAAGCUAUCUUGAACCUUGGGGCGAGUCCAAAACGAAGCAGUUCUCUCAGUACCGCCCUCAGUCUCCUUCUGAAUUAAUUAGCAAUUUUUCAGAUGGCUCAUACAAUAGCGGUCAAAGCGCGAACGACAGUGAUACGGACGAUGUUUCCGAGGAAGACGAAAGCGGUUGUAAAGUAAAAGAGUUUGGACCAAAGUUUGUCUGCAGAGGCGAUACUGCUGAAGCAAUUGAAGAACCCAUUAACCUUAAAGCAAGAAAAUUCAAAAGUCCCGAGGAAGAAGAAUUAGAAGAGGAGCUGACUGAAGACGAUGAACCUUAUGAAAACAUUGAAGAUCUUCUUAGUAUGAAAAUGCAAUGGAACGUUGAUAUUCCCAAUAGGGAUUUGGAAGUCAAAUGUGAAAAUUUACUAAGACUGCACAAAGCACUGAUUGUUGAUCAAUCAGUUGUGCCCAUGGAUAAAGACAUCCCUAUUAUGACGCCUUUCACUCAUCGAAUCACGGAAAAUCCAGAGAAUAGCACACUAGUUCCGGAGGAGUGCAAUAAGCCAUUGGAUCCCUCUGGCCCAGCAGCCAAACCAAAUCGUAGACUAGCGUCCGAAAGUUCACAUAUGUUGGAACUCACUCGUCUGUUACUCGAAGAAUAUACCAGUGAAUGUUCUAAUGACAGUGAGCCUUCUCCUGAUCCACCAAUUCGAGAAACUCCAAUCCUUCCCAAAAAGGACGACACUGGAUUAGUAAUCACAGAACUCACCGUUCCUGGUUUAGAUUUCCCCUUCAGUUUUGACGAGCAGCAAGGUUUGGAAAGCCAUCCGGGACCAUCUCCGAGUGUGAUUCUGCAAGCAUUUACUAUGUCCAGUGCAAAUGACGGAAUUAAUUUAGAACGACUAGAAACUAUAGGCGACUCGUUUUUGAAAUAUGCCAUCACCACUUACUUGUACUGCAAAUACAGCAGCAUUCAUGAGGGCGAGCUCAGCCAUUUGCGCUCGCGACAAGUAUCCAAUCUGCACCUUUAUCAGUUAGGAAAAAAAAAACUCUUUGGUGGUUGUAUGGUUGCAACGAAAUUCAAUCCGCAUGAAAAUUGGUUACCACCGGGUUAUGUCAUCCCCGAUGCCUUAGAAGAAGCACUUAUUUCCUCCGGAAUUCCGUUAAACUACUGGAAUGUCGUUGACUUGCAGGGAAUGGAACACAUGUCAAGCGAACAGGUAAAGGCCUUAGUUCAAGAGAAAUCGGAACAGAUAAUGUUGCGUUUCGGAGGCAAGAUUCCAUCAGUCGAAGAAGUGGCUAUGGAUGGAAACAUAUUUCAUGCCCAAGAUUUACCUCGCUUCGUCCCUUACAAUCUACUAACGCAGCACAGUAUCCCCGAUAAGAGUAUUGCCGAUUGUGUAGAGGCUCUUAUUGGAGCCUAUCUCAGAGCUUGUGGUCCGCGGGGGGCACUGCUUUUCAUGUCCUGGCUUGGACUCAAAGUACUUCCUGUCAUCAACGAAGGUUCUUACGGAUAUUGGACUCCGCCGAUCUCACCUUUAGUUGACCAACCCUUGGAUAUACAUGUAGAACUGGAUCGCAUGUUGGCAGGAUUUGAGUCUUUUGAAGAGAAGAUCUGUUACAAAUUUAAUGACCGUUCUUACUUACUCCAGGCUUUUAGCCACGCCUCUUACUAUCUCAACCGACUGACCGAUUGCUAUCAAAGGCUUGAAUUCCUCGGUGAUGCCGUCUUAGAUUACCUCAUAACGCGAUAUUUAUAUGAAAAUUUGCCGCGUCACCCACCUGGGGCUCUGACUGAUUUGCGUUCGGCAUUGGUGAACAAUACGACUUUUGCCGUUUUGGCAGAACGUUAUGAAUUCCAUCGCUAUUUCAAACAUUUAUCUCCUUCUUUGAAUCAAAUUAUGGACAAGUUCAUCAAAGCUCAAGAAGAAAACGGACAUUCCAUCAAUGAAGAGUAUUACAUGAUAGAAGCUGAGGAUGUAGAAGUACCUAAAGUUCUUGGCGAUGUAUUUGAGUCGGUUGCUGGUGCCAUUUAUCUUGAUUCCCACAUGUCUUUGAAUGCAGUUUGGAGAGUGUAUUACAACAUGAUGAAAAAAGAAAUCGACGAGUUUAGUAAAAAUGUUCCGAAGUCUCCUAUAAGAGAACUGCUGGAAUUGGAAACCGACCGAGUAAAGUUUGGGAAAGCUGAACGUCUACCAGAUGGCCGUCUAAGGGUUACUGUUGACGUCAUCGGCAAAGGAACUUUCAAAGGCAUCGGGCGGAAUUACCGCAUAGCAAAGUGUACCGCGGCCAAAUAUGCUCUACGAACUCUGGAAAAGCGUAAAAUGUUAACUAAGCGUGGAGAGCAGUAAUUUUUGCCGUCAUGUUUGAUUCGUCCCUCAAUAUUAACCGUACAGAAGUGGAAAAUUCUCAAAAUCCACAAGACACAAUUUCUUUUGUGCUUUUGGCCGUCGACGUUGAAUUCUUCCGAUGUUCAGAGCAUUAAAGAACUAUGUCGUUUAUUAAAUAAGAUCAGAUAAAAUAGUAAUUUAAUAAACUUGUCGGACCAAUUUUCAGCUAUUAUUUCAAGAACUGCCAUACAUUUAUUGAUUGUAAAUCGAUCCAAAAUAAGAGACCAAUAAAAUUGAGUUAAAAAAGUAAA